AUGUUGAUUGGAUUAGUGCGAGAUUCCGUGAUGCAGUGCUUCUGCCAUACGUGCCGAGCUCCUGUGUUGCCGGCAGUUAAUCGACGAUCUGCUCCAACAAAAAAACCCACUAAAACACGGACCAAACAGCCAAAAGCGUCAAAAAAAGUGAAAUUUAUAACCACUGAGAUUCGUUGCCAGGAAAAAUCGAAAGGCGGCCUGUGCUAUGAAGUAAUCCUUGCAGAGCCGGCAGUUAACGUGGCAUUGCCGAAGCUACCACCAACUCAGGGCAAGAAUGUAUCUGCCGAGGAGAUCGAAGAAAAGCUAAAGGCUGCGGAAGAACGCAGACUAUCUCUAGAGGCAAAGAAGAUGGCUGACUGGUCGGCAAAAAUGGCUAAAAUCGAGGAGGCUUCUCGCAAGAAAGAUGAGCUGGACAAAGAAUUCAAAACACAUGCCAAGGAGGUGCUGCACACCAAGAUGGAACAGUAUGAGGAAAAGCGAGAACAACAAAUAUCCGAAAUAAAGGAAAAACUAAAGACACACGCAGCCGAUAUUGAGAAGACGAGACAGAGUUUGGAGCAGCAAAAGGUCGAGGAGCUGCAAAAACAUCUCGAAGAUAAACUGCGAAAUGCUGCAACGCUUCGCGACGAUAACAUCAAGAAAAUACUGGAUCGACUAAAGGAACACAACACCGAUAAGUUGAAUGAAGUCCGUGCAGCCUGCUACCAGACCGAAGCACAAAAGACCACCGAAAAGACGCGCGUCAUCGAAAACAAGCUGUCCACCGCUGAGCAAAAUCGUGAAAAGGAACUACAGAAGAAAUUGGAAAACAUUCGCAAGCACGAACGACGUGCCGAAUUGGUUCGUCAGAAUAAGGCGGCUCUGGCUCAGAAGACAGAUGUUACGGCUUCGUCUGGUUAA